UUUGAGCGUGAAAUGAUUCAAAAUUACACCCUCCACAUGCUUUUUCGCGGCUUUGUUCUUUCAAACAGUCGUAACCGACUGUUAUUACCGUUGAGCUUCGCACAUCCCUGCAGCCCCACCAAGGCUGCCAAACUGCCAUCUGCAGAGCAAACAAGGCUGGAAAUCUAGAACAAUCAGAUCCAUCUACACCAAAACAUCAUCGCCUGACGAAGUACCGUACCUCCCACGACAUACCACCCAAACAAAGCCACCACCCACCAUGGCGACCGGCCACCCCGUAGUCCUCCCGGGGGAGACAAUUGACCCCUCGCUGAUCCCAUCGCACCCCAAGAACCCUCUCCGCCUAGGGCCCGGCCUCCGACACAUCCCCCCGACCGACAUCGUUCCAACGGUAGCCGGCCAGCUCAUAACCAACCCCAUCAAAAACUCCAUGUGGAUAGAAUACAACUCCAACCGCUACAUCCCCUCCCCCAACGACCUCAUCCUCGCCCAAAUCCUCCGCUCCACAACCGAUUUCUACCUCUGCACCCUCUCCCCGCACACCGCCCCCGCCACCCUCCCCCACCUCGCCUUCGAAGGCGCCACCAAAAAGACCCGCCCCAUCCUGCAACCCGGCCAGCUCGUCUACGCGCGCGUGGCCCUCGCCAACAAGCACAUGGACGCGGAGCUCGAGUGCGUGAGCAGCACGACCGGCAAGGCCGACGGCCUCGGCCCGCUGGGCACGCCCACGGCCACGUCUACCGCGGGCGGCGGGUGCGCGUUUGAUAUCAGUUUGGGAUUUGCACGGCGGUUGCUGAUGGCGCGGAGUCGGGAGGAAGGCGGGGUCGGGGUGUUGGAGAUGUUGGCGGGGGAGGAGGGCGGGGGGUUGGCGUUUGAGACGGCGGUGGGGCGGAACGGGCGGGUGUGGGUGGGCAGUGACAGCGCGCGGACGGUGGUGCUUGUUGGGAGGGCGCUGCAGGAGACGGAUCGUGGGGGGUUGGGGUUGGAGGGGCAGAGGCGGUUGGUGAAGAAGUUGGUGAGGGAGAUGAGGUGA